GGCCAAGCAAGCUUAACUGCCGGUCACAGCUUCUCCCCCACAGAUUCCCGUCCACCACACCCAGGUGAACGCUUCGCCUCGGCGAAGCGUCACACGCUUCCGACGCCGCACUUGUUGCGUCCUGCGUGGUUUCAGCCAUGGAUGCUGGGUCUCUCACGGAGAUCUUGGCGGCCUUGGACGGGGACUCUGCGGUGCACUUGAUCCUGCAGACGUUGAGAUUGCGGCCUUCUUUGAGUCCGGCCGUGGUGCACUUCGCCUGCCCGUCCCUCACCUAUGCACCUUCCAGAAGCAUGACCGAGAGAAGGUGUCGUGGGGUGCUGCGGCAGUUUGACGAGACGCAAGGCGUUGGGCUCAUCACGAGCCCGGAGAUAGAGGCCACCUUCGGAAUGGAGGUGCUGGUCCAGCAAAACCAGCUGAAGGGAUUCCAGGUAGGAGACGAGAUUAGCUUCACCUGUGUUCUCAGUCAGGAGAAUAAGCCAGAAGCCUUCGAGCUCCUAACGGCUUUCGGCCUUCCACACUUUCCGGGGGCAUCUGAUGAUGCCAAGAGACGUCGGAGAACGUGAGGCCGAAGAAAAAGUGCCGUGGCCAAGCGCAAUGACUGGUUCUACUGGCACGGAAC